AUGAUGUCGACAAACUUCUUUUACUACCGAUGUCCUUGUCCUUCGGCAGAUUGUAACGGGGCCAUCUGUAGAUAUCAAGACAUCGUAGCCGCGCCAGUUCAGAGCCAAUAUACGUCUCCAUCCUGCUCACUUUUCGCGCCCGAGAGGAAGCUUUUGACUUAUCCAACCACCACUAAGGAUGUAGCAAGCCCAACGGGGAAAUACGAGUCCAUAUCGACCCCGAUAACGAUCGCACGGGACAACUUUCGGUGGACGCCAUACCCAAGUCAAAGCAGGGUCACUCAAGAAAGUUCCUCACCGCCCAAAACAACCUCUGAGAGACGUAAGUUGGUUUCUUUUGCUACUUCACAUCGAGUUGGUGUCGGGGGUAAAAAAUGUCCUAAGUAUGUCAUAAAGUGCAUUAGCACUUAAAAUCUUACAAAAAGAGAAAACGAGGAAAGAUUUUCUGUCAAAUAUUGAGUUAAAAGUUGGCAAAAAUAAUCAAUUUUCCGUCCUUUCAACUUCCAACCAUAUCGAUAAGAAGGUAAAAAUUCAGUCGAUAAAUUUGAUCCUAAGUGUUCAGUUACGUAAGGUCAACUUACUGCAUCCAUCGCCUGGAGAACGAUCUAUGUUUUUUUAUGAGUUUCGCAACUGUUCCGAAGUUUCUUAUCUAAGAUAAGUUUCUUAUCUACAUUGUACGAGCUCUAUUGCGAUCACGAUAUUCCACCGACGGUAAAAUUUUCGAGUAUACAGUCAAGAAAUUAUCAGCCGGCAUUGUUUCUUCUUGUCUCGUUGACUGGAAAGACACGUCAUGAAGGAAAAAGUGGAACUGCUAAACAAACACUGGUACCCAUGACGUUUCAAAAUAACUAGACCUGAUGUAGUUUUAUCUGUUCACUUGUAGCACAAAGUAGCACAUCUGCGCAUCAAGGAGGCCAGAAGACGACAAGCCGAAGGACACGCCGCGUUCGAACCGCUUUCACACCAUUUCAGCUUCUUUGCCUUGAGACGUCAUUCGAGAAGAACCACUACGUGGUGGGCUCCGAAAGGAAACAGCUGGCAUCAUACCUUAAGCUCAGUGAAACACAAGUAAAGGUGUGGUUCCAGAACAGAAGGACCAAAUGGAAAAGACAAGCUUUGGAGAACCGGGCGGACCUCAACAAAGAUCCUUUGACACCAUAA